AUGGACUAUAAAGAAAGCAAGCUUCUAAGAAAGCACUACAGAGACAUUACUUUUGACACUCUGAAAAACAGACACGAUAAUUUCUUCUUUGAAAAGGUGUUGCAAACUAAGAAUCAGAUUUAUGAUACAAUGCAUUUCAAGGGAAUUUUGAAAAAUCCGAAUACACCGAAACUGAUACUUUUUUAGAAGUUAGGGUAGCCACAUACCAAUAGAGAUUUUUCCUAUGAUUAGUAUCAGAUGAAUUUCUCAGAUACUAGAUUCUUUAGAGAUUUCAAGAACAAAAUUGAAUCUGAAUUCGAUAAGGAAUCCAUGAUAAUGCAAACAACCAAUAAUAACUACAAUAAAAGAAAUCAAGAGAGUGAGGGGAAGUUAUGGCGAGAAUUCCACAGUCAUUUUAAUAGACGUACCCGAGACAAGGGUUUAAUGAAUCAUCACGAUUUCCUAGAUUUACCUUCAAUCAAUUAUCAUGGGAAUUCUGAAGAGAAGUCUAUUCUGUUAAAGCAGUAGUAAAAUUAUACAGAGGGUUAUUUGCUUGAUCAGGAAAGAUAAAUUAAUUAAAGGAAGAACCUGGAACAAAUGAAGUUAAAAAGUAUUUAAAUCCCACUGAAUUCUAAGUUUUAAACCCACAGAAAGAAGUUCAAUAAAAGCCAUUUUGAUGUCCCACUAUAUUAAGCGAAAAAGAUGAAUUAGUCAUUAGUAGAAGAUACUAGUGAGAAGCAAAAAAAUAGUCAGCCGACCAAAGUUCAAAUAAGACGUUAAAUGUUGAUGAAUCAAGAAGAGAAAUCAAGAUAAAGUCUAAGCAAGCACUUCAUUUACAUAAUUGUGGAUGGAUGUAACAUUUAUGAUCAAGACACUUAAGCUUACUUCGUUGACAUUAAUGAAAGAUUAGCUUUAAUGGUUCCAGAGAAGAUAUGGCAAUUGAAAACUGCUGAAAAAUUGAACAUUUAUGAAAAGUUAAAUCUAUCUGCUCCUGCUUAUAUUCUCUAAAAAUAGAAUCUGAAUGAGUUCUUAUAGGAUCUUAGUCAAAUAUUCAAGCAACAGUUUAGAGCAUUAUUUACUCUACAUGGGCAAAGAAUUACCUCUCUUGUUUAAGUACCACUUUAAGCCAAAAUAUUAGUAGCAUCUAUUAGCAAGGUAUUCAUUAGUGUUCUUGGAAUAGAUAACCUUGAGAAUCAACUAAAUACUAAAUCUCAUAGAUCAAGUCACUAGAGUAGACUGAUGUAAAUCCGAAGAGAAAACUCAGAUGAAAAGCAUACCUCAAUGCAUUCAUGGGUCUAAGGAGCAUGCAUUGAAUGGGUAAGAAAGAAUGAUAAGUUCAUGAAUGAUAGUGUGAUUCUAUAGAAUAAUAAGAACAUCUAAUUUGAGUCAGCUGAAGUUUCAAUGGAAGAGCAUAAUGAAAGCAAGCCAAGAUUCAAUUUCAAACCAGGUCCAAAUAGUACCCAGAGAUUUUAACUAGGAAGACCGAGGCCAAGUGAAAUCAGUCCUAGAAAUAAGCCCUCAUUUAUUAUGUCUGAACUUUAUGAUCUCUGGAGUGAAAUAUUUAUACAUGACUAGCUGGAAGAUGAAAUUGUCAAACUUAUAUUCUAAAAGAUUGAUCAUGUAAAGGAACUAGAGUAGUAAAAGGUAACUAAGAAUAUCAUGGAAGAGUAUAAAUCAAGCGGUACCAGAUUUUCCUCUAAUGCUGCUAGAUUGAAUUCAUCUCUUGGGGGUUAAUAAAAGCAAUCUCCCACAGAUCCUAACAAUAGCUUUACAAAGAUAACAUAGAGAAUUUUCCAAAGAGCUUUGAAUAGUACAUAGACUAGAAUAAAUCCUAGAGAAGACCUUAAUUCAUCAAUAAUGACAUUUUAAGAUAUCACUAAGAAUAGAGCUACCUUUAUGAAUAGAUCAAAAGUUAAUGAUUCAAGUAUAGAUUAAUCUAUUGAUGCUUCAAUUGGUAAUAACUAGCCAACAACAAAUUUUAACUAAAGCGUAAUGUCAAUGAGAAGAACUUCAAAGGUUAACACCGGAGGACUUGUCUCAGUUAAUCCAAACGGAUAUAUUCCUUAAACUGCACCUGUUACAGUCUAAACUAUUAGUAUUCAUAACAAUGAUGAUAAAAUGCUUAAAAAUGAAGAAAUUAAGAGAAUUUGCGAGAAGCAUAGACUUACUAGGAAAGAGGUCUAUGACAUAAGGAGUUAAUUUGUAUCAAUGUGUAUUCUAUCAAAAGAAGACGAAUAAAACCCAGACAAGGAACAAUCAAUUUUGUUCCCGACUGGCCAGUCUAACACUAGUAGAAUGGGUCAGUACACAGCCCUUCUAAACAAAGGCAAUAAAUAAGAACAGGAAGGCAUUCUAAUCAAUUAUUUUGUUAAAAAUUGCAGUUUCCUUUCAGGCACUCUUCCUCACAUUUGCAAGCGUAUACUUGUUGCUAUAGGUAACUUAUAUAAUAUUUAAUAUCUCAUUUCUAUAGGUCUUGAUAUAGAGAAUGCUCAUGCCUAAGUCAAUUGGCCUACAUUCCUAGAACUUUAUUGUAUAUUUGAGGCUGGGAGAAUCGAAAGGAGCCUAUUAGCAAAGUUUUGGAUUAAGUUUUUCGACUAGAAGUUAAUGGGAUAAGUGAGCGAGACUGAAUACCUGACUAUCCUUGAGGAACUAGUUAGAGGAAAUUCCUUUAAGAAACCUAACAAGACUACAAAGAUGUUUGCCAAGAUGUUCCAAAAAGUACUUAGGGAUGCUGGAUGUCUUGGUGACAACAAUGAAAUAAUUGAUGAGAAAUUCAAUCAUGCAUUGACAGAUGACUUGAUUGAUAUUCAAAUUCUAUGUAGCGCCCUUGGAAGAUAGUAAUUAGACGAAAACUUUAUGAAAACAAAGUUAUGA